UCACAUCAGAUUUGUUACAUUUUGAUUCUUUUUAUCGGUCACCUGCUCUAAAUAAUAGUAAACAACAGAGAAGACUUUUGGGGAGAAUUUAAAAGUUUUUUAAAGUCCUCGUCGUAAUUGUCUUCGCUCUGCUCGUCAAGGAGUCAUCGGCAGGGGCCGAUGGAUUUGUCAGACUUUCCCUUCUCUCUCUCGUCAGCUGAUGACCUCUACGACCCCUGCUUCAACACCAGCGAUCUGAACUUUUUUGAUGAUUUGGACGCCAGGCUGACACAUGGUGGGCUGCUGAAGUCAGAGGACCAUCUUCAUCACCAUGUGCCAACAGCAGAGGAGGAGGACCAGCAUGUGAGGGCCCCUGGGGGCCUCCACCAGGGGGGGCAUUGCCUGCUGUGGGCCUGCAAGGCCUGCAAGAGGAAGACAACGCAUGCAGACAGGAGGAAGGCAGCAACAAUGCGAGAGAGACGACGACUCAGUAAAGUCAAUGAUGCCUUUGAGACGCUGAAGCGCUGCACUGCCUCCAACCCAAACCAGCGGCUGCCCAAAGUGGAGAUCCUGAGAAAUGCAAUCAGUUACAUCGAGUCUCUGCAGGCGCUGCUGCGGGCCGGCCAAAACGACAGCUUCUACCCACAGCUCGAGCACUACAGCGGGGAGUCCAACUCCUCCAGCCCCCACUCCAACUGCUCAGACAACACGGUGAGGCCAAGAACAGCUGAACAGUUCAUGUGCUCUCAUGUUGACGGUUGCAAGAACAGCAAAACAUCGCUCAUUUCCAGUUUGGACUGCUUGUCUAGCAUCGUGGAACGCAUUAGCACAGAUCAAGCAGCGGCCCCCGUUGGAGACAGCGUUGUCCCCCAAGGCACUGAAUCCCCUCACAGCAGCUGUGGCGUCUCUUCUUCAUCUGCUGAUCCCAGCAGCAUCUAUGAGCCAAUCUCAUCCUGAUGGAGUCAACAGAACAUCCUUUUCGGCAUGGACAGAAAGAUUGCCUCCAUUUUUUAGGAGGAGAACACUAAAUUAUUCCUGAUUUCUGAAUUAAGCUACUUAAAUAGACUCCUUUUCUUGUGGAUGCAAUGGGUCUGCCUGGACUUUUUUUUUUUAGCUUACAAAGAAAUUCUGCUGUCUGUUUUUAAUAAUCCAGGAGUCUUGGUAAAGUUUUUUUUCACAAGAUUUCUGCUGAUUAGAACUGAGGACCAUUAAUACACCUAAAUAUUCACGCUGCAGUAAAAAACACCAUAAAAGUAUUGGUGUCAAUGUAUGUAUAAAAUCUAAAAGCUGAUGAAACCUUGAUAAAUAGCUACAUAUUUAUACUGUGACUUGUUUUCACAACCAUGGCUUCCACCACAUUUGACUGUAUUCCUGUUUUCUUCAUUAUUUUUGAUUUUUAAAAAGUUCUUAGACUUAAACGAAAAACUGAAGAAUAUAUCUAUAAUUUCCAGCUCUUUCUAGAGCAACAUUAUAAUUCAUUGUGCCCAUUCAUUUCCAACCAACUUAUGAAACAUUAUUUACAGUGUUUGCUUGUUGUAUGGCUGCAGUGUUUUUAUAAGCCAGCUGUGUGGUGUUUAAGCUUUUUUUUUAACUUAAAUAAAAUCUCUGUAUGACGUAGUGAGGCUAGGCUUAAUACGGACAACACCAGCUUUGACCAUAAUGUUUAAGAGUGACCAUGGCAGGAUCACCUAAAGCUUUUGUAAAGAAGACUUAAAUGUAAUAAAUAUUUAAAGACCGAAAGUUUUAUUUUAUUUAUAAUUAUUAUUUCUGAGCUUUACA